AUGGAAGUAGCAGAUGCUUGGUUGAGUACUCCAGACCGCAAACGCCGAUUAAGUCAAGACACAGAUACUGGAGAUGAGGCACCGCCUUUCAAGUAUAUGCCAGCAAGACAUUGGAGAGUAAGCAAGCAAAGAGAUAUGAUGGAUAUGAUCAUCUUCCAACCUUGGCACAGUUAUCGGCUCAACGUUCCUGCAGAUUGGAGACAUGUACAAAUAGGAGCAAAAUUCGCUGUG